AGCCGGUUGGCGCCAGGCAACAGCCCCACCACGUCCGCCGCCCUGGACGCCGGCGGCCCACCGCAGGCAGCCCGGCCCUGCCCGCCCCGGCCCGCGCAGCCCCACCAGCAUGGGCACUCUUACCUACAGAGAAGAUCUGGAAGAUGGUGACAAGAACACAGCAUUCACCUGGGAGGCAAAAGCCAACAACCGGGCCUACCACUCGCAGUUCAAGAAGAAGGUGUUUCUGUGCUGGGAGAAGGAGAAGUAUAAGACAAACGUCAUCCACACGGCUAAGUACAACUUCUUCUCCUUCCUGCCGCUUAACUUGUACGAGCAGUUCCAUCGCAUUUCCAACCAGUACUUCCUCCUGAUCAUCAUCCUGCAGAGCAUUCCUGAGAUCUCCACACUGCCGUGGUUCACUCUCUUCGCCCCUCUGGUCUGCCUCAUCAUCAUCCGUGCCACCCGAGAUCUAGUGGACGACAUUGGUCGGCAUAGGAGUGACAAAGCCAUCAACAACAGGCCCUGCCAGAUCCUGAUGGGGAAGAGCUUCGUUUGGAAAAAAUGGAAGGAUCUGUGUGUGGGAGAUAUAGUCUGUCUCAGCAGGGAUAGCAUCGUGCCGGCUGACUUGCUCUUGCUGGCCAGCACAGAGCCCAGCAGUUUGUGCUAUUUGGAGACAGCAGACAUCGACGGGGAGACCAACUUGAAGUUCAGACAGGCCCUGAUGGUCACCCACUACAAGUUGACCAAUACAAGGAAGAUGGCGUCUUUCCAAGGCAGGGUGAUGUGUGAGGAGCCCAACAGCAGAAUGCACCACUUUGUGGGGUGCCUGGAAUGGGGUGAAAAUACCUACCCCCUGGACAUUGGCAACCUCCUUCUCCGUGGCUCCAAGAUCCGCAACACUGACACAUGUUACGGAAUGGUCAUCUAUGCUGGUUUUGACACAAAGAUUAUGAAGAACUGUGGCAAGAUCCAUUUGAAGAGAACCAAGCUAGACCGCCUGAUGAACAGGCUGGUGAUCUUGAUCUUCCUGUUCCUGGUGGUCAUCGCUAUGGCCUUGGCUGUGAGCUUCGGUUUCUCCUUCAAAGAAUUCAGAGAUAGGCACUACUACGUGUGGACACCACAAAGGGGCAGCGUGGUCCUCGAGUCCUUCUUCAUCUUCUGGGGCUUCCUUAUCCUGCUCAGUGUCAUGGUACCGAUGGCCAUGUUCAUCCUAGCUGAAUUUAUCUACCUGGGAAACAGCAUCUUCAUUAACUGGGACAAGCAGAUGUACUAUGAGCCACAGGAUAUCCCUGCUAAGGCCCGCAGUACCAGCCUCAACGAUGAGUUGGGCCAGGUGCAGUACAUCUUCUCCGACAAGACAGGCACGCUCACACAGAAUGUCAUGACCUUCAAGAAGUGCUGCAUAAGUGGCUGCAUCUAUGGUCCAGACGCAGAGGAAAGGACCCUUAAGGAGAACCCCUACUUUUGGAACAAAUUUGCUGAUGGGAAGUUGCUUUUCCACAACAAGAAACUGCUGUACAUCGUACGAGCCAGAAAAGACAAGGUGGUGCAAGAGUUCUGGCGCGUGCUUGCCAUCUGCCACACUGUGAUGGUGCAGGAGAAAGACAACCAGCUGUUGUACCAGGCGGCUUCCCCAGAUGAGGAGGCACUGGUCACGGCGGCCCGGAACUUCGGCUACGUGUUCAUGUCGCGUACCCAGGACACCAUCACGCUGAUGGAGCUGGGGGAGGAGCAGGUCUACCAGGUUCUGGCCAUGAUGGACUUCAACAGCAUACGCAAGCGGAUGUCAGUGCUGGUCCGAAAACCGGAGGGCACCAUCUGCCUCUACACCAAGGGUGCUGACACUGUCAUCUUGGAUCGCUUGCACAAGAGAGAUGUAUCCGAGCUUGCCACAGAGGAGGCCUUGGCUGCCUUUGCGAAAGAGACCCUCCGGACGCUGUGCCUGGCCUACAAGGAGGUGGACAAGGACAUCUAUGAGGAGUGGCAGCGCCGGCACAAGGAUGCCAGCAUCUUGCUGCAGGACCGGGCACAGGCCCUGCAAGAGCUAUAUGAGGAGAUGGAGCAGGACCUCCAGCUGCUGGGAGCCACAGCCAUCGAGGACAAACUGCAGGACGGCAUCCCUGAUACCAUCAAGUGUCUCAAGAAGGGGAACAUCAAAAUAUGGGUGCUCACAGGGGACAAGCAAGAGACGGCAGUGAACAUCAGCUUUGCCUGCCAGCUGCUGACAGAGAACAUGCUCAUCCUGGAGGAGAAGGAGAUACUCCGGAUCCUGGAGGACUACUCAGAGUGCAACAAUAACCUGUUGACCAAGAACAGCUUUCUGAAGUCCCUGCCACAAAUGAAUGUGGCCAUGGUCAUCAAUGGGGACUUCUUGGACCAGGUGCUGCUGUCUUUGCGCAAAGAGCCCCGUGCACUGAUCAAGAACAAGAAUACAGAUGAGUCUCGACAAGAGCCUGGUGAAGGCAUAAGGGAUGUCCUACGGGCCAGGCAGAUAUCCAUGCUGUGGAGGACUUUCGGAACCCAGUUGACUCAAUCCAAGUCCAACAAAUCAAAAACCCAAGAGAGCCCCGAGGUGUGGCGUGAGCGGGCCUUCGUGGACCUGGCCUCAAGAUGCCAGGCUGUCAUCUGCUGUCGGGUGACGCCCAAGCAAAAGGCCUUGAUUGUGGCGCUGGUCAAGAAAUACCAGCAAGCAGUGACCCUGGCCAUCGGGGAUGGUGCCAAUGACGUCAACAUGAUCAAGACUGCAGACAUCGGCGUGGGACUGGCAGGUCAGGAGGGCAUGCAGGCAGUGCACAACAGUGACUAUGUGCUGGCCCAGUUCUGCUUCCUGCAGCGGCUGUUGCUGGUGCAUGGACGUUGGUCUUACAUGCGGGUCUGCAAAUUCCUGCGCUACUUCUUCUACAAGACGCUGGCCAGCAUGAUGGUUCAGAUCUGGUUCUCCUUCUACAAUGGCUUCAGUGCCCAGCCCCUGUAUGAAGGCUGGUUCCUGGCCCUGUUCAACCUCCUGUAUACCACCCUCCCAGUUCUCUACAUCGGGCUCUUCGAGCAGGAUGUGAGUGACCAGAGGAGCCUGGAGAUGCCUGAGCUAUACAUGGCAGGGCAGAAGGACGAGCUCUUCAAUUAUUGGGUCUUCUUCCAAGCCAUCGCCCACGGCACAGUCACCUCCCUAGUCAACUUCUUCAUGACCCUGUGGAUCAGCCAGGACACUGCAGGGCCUGCCAGCUUCAGUGACCACCAGUCCUUCUCGGUGGUUGUGGCCCUGUCAGGGCUGCUGUCCAUCACCAUGGAGGUCAUCCUAAUCAUCAGGUACUGGACUUUGCUGUGCGUGUUGUCCAUCCUCCUCAGCUUCAGCUUCUACGGCCUCAUGACUUGCAUUACCCAGAGCAACUGGCUCUACAGGAUCUCCCCGAAGACAUUCCCAUUUCUGUCUGUUGACAGAAAUGUGCUGUCCUGCCCUUCCAUCCUGCUUGUCAUCCUGUUGAAUGUGUCCCUGAACACCUUGCCCAUCCUGGCCUUUCGAAUCAUUUACCAAGCUCUCAAGAAGCCCCGCCCUAAGGAAGAGAAGGAGGAGGAGGCCCCAACUGAGGAGAUUACCACUGUGGAGCCCAUACCUCAUUUACAGCGAAUGACAAGAAGCCGGCGUUCCAGCUAUGCCUUCUCCCACCGUGAGGGCUAUGCAGACCUCAUCACUCAGGGCACAAUUCUUCGGAGGCCACCAGAGGUCAGCAGUGAGGUGAUACCUGAUUCUCCAGUGCCAUCUGUUCAAGAGCUGCCCUUGAAUGCAUCCUGGCAUUUCAGGAGGGUAUCAUUCUUAGGGAAGCUGAAGCACCAUCACCAGGGGAAGUUGUCCUCUGAGGACAUGCAUCAAUCUUCCACAGUGAACUCAUCCUUCUCUGUGGACAGGCAAUCCCCUCUUUCUUCAGAAAACCAACUUUCUUCUACCAAAAGGUUGCCCAGUAGCAUAAACAAACCAUCUGGGUCUUUCCAGAACUUUCAGGUGGCACAGGAGAGCCUCUCCCUCCCCAAGCAGAAUCCAUCUCUUUUUGAGAAUCUGCCAUCAACCAAAGAGAGGACACCUUCUUUUCAGAAGAAGCCACCAUUGCCCAGAGAAAACCAGCUGGGCCCUCCUGAGUGCCAGCCACACCCUUUGCCUUCAGGCCAGCCAGCUUUGGACAGCCAACAAGAAUCCUCAGAGGAGAUGUUAUCAUCUGGGAGGACUUCAUUCUGGAAGAGCCAGCCAUAUGUCUCACAAGAGAAGCCACACGCCCCUAAGGAAGGGAUAGUGUCACUUCCCAGCAAGACCCACACAUCAGUGGUGAAGAUUCUACCAAAUACAGAAGAAUCGUCUGUGGAAGAGCAGCCCAUGGAGGUGGAGCCCUUUCCCACAGAGAGGCAGCCAUCACCCAUGGAGUGGCUGCCGGUGCCUAUCGAGCAGCAGUUGUCACCUGAUUUGGUGGAGGAGCUAUCCCUGCCCCCAGAGGAGCAGUCAUUGCCCUAUAAUUCUCAAGCAGCCAACAGGAGGCCUUCCUCCAAUGACAAGGGCACCACAUCUUUUUCUUUGUCUAAUAAACCAGGGUCCAUCUGA